AUGGUAUUUGACGGCCCUGGAGAAGAGCUAGCAGUCGUAGCCCUUUGGAUUAAGGUACACCCUGUAUACUUCUCUGGUUACUUUUCCUUAUUCCCUAGCAAUAACAAAUAUGUGAACAAAUCGCGACGCAGUUUUGCGUUUCUUUAGUUGAAUAAGUUAGCGUCAAAAUAAAAAUUAUUUCAAGGAGUCAAUUUUUUUGACAACAAAAUGCAAUUUAUAUGACCCUCCGAAAAAAAAAAUCAUAAUACUUCAUGGUUAAAAAUUAAAAUUGCUGUUUGUCAAUUUAUACAAGAAUACCUUUAUUGUGUCCUUAUAAAUUAACAAAAAAAAUGUAGUCUCUUUCUGCCAGUUCAUUCUCGUCUUCACUUGUGAUCUGCGUUAAAAUUUUCAAACACUGGCAGAAAGAGAGGUUUUCCCAAAAACAAUAAACGAGCGAAUCCUUCGACAAUGACAACAAAAUUACCUUGAAAAGCUUUUUUGCCUUUUGCAGUGUUUUGUUUACAAGGACAAACGGAGGAAAGACGGAAACGACUUCUAGACAGACAGUGUCCGGUUUCCAAAAUACUCCAGGGUUACAUUAAAGGGCUAAAACUUACAGUGCUCUUAGUUUUGACAGAAAAAACUUUUUCAACAUGGCGAAUUUGUUUUUAGUUCCUCGGAAAGCCUUUGUUAUGUGCUAUUGUUUUCGUGCGCCAAUAAAAACUUUCUUUUUUGACGCCUGUCAAAUGACUGUCAAAUCGUGCGUCCUGCACUUUUGUUUCCGGUCCCCCAAACACGAAGACUCCGUAUAAUAAACAUCUUAUCAGCCUCGUUUUUUCGGUCCGUACUGUAAAUUACGGAUCCUCGUUUUUUUCCAUCGAUUUAUGGCCCGCGCGCUCCGUGCUUGGGCCAUAAAUCGUUGAAAAAAAAACUCCGUUCGUAAUUUACAGUACGGACCGAAAACUCGGCUAAUAAGAGCUAUAUAUUUCAGCUUCCUUGGCUGCAUCUACGAAAAAUGUAGAAGUAGAAGGGCGAUAAAUAAAAGGUUGCAAAUCACAUAAAGUUCGGUCCAUUGAAUUAUUUACAGGCGCCCUCCAAAGGAAACAAAAUGUUUGGAAAGUUAGCAACUCUGACACAAUACAUCCUCGAAGUUAGUAGGUAUAUCAGAAUACUUAAAAAAGGUUAAAAACGAAGAACAUGUGAACAAAUCCUUACUUUCCCUUCUCGCUUUUAUUCUCUGUUUACUGGCAAUCGGCGACGCCCGCCUUCUUCUUCCUACACUUGCACAGUUUAUCAGCAGUCAUUUUAUCCUUUAAGUUCCAAUAUCCACGGACAAAUUAUCCAGACCGAUCUUCAUGCAUUUCCUUAAAGAAUAGGUCGAGAGAUUUGAAAAAAAGAUCAACGCACUUUCUGUUUGGCAAUCAUUUUAUUAAUUCACUACCCCAAAAAUUUAUUUUACACCAAAUUUACUCAGUGCAAAUAUGGUGCAUGAACAAAGUGCAAUUUACGGUUAAAUCAAGAGCAGAGGUGUUAAAUACCUCAUUUGCCCUCAAAUUUACAACCCAUGUCAAUUGGGAUGCAAAUGAGGUAUUUUUAUUACCAUCUUUGCCUUUGAUUCCCUCCUAGUUGGACUUUUUUGCGCUAUAUUUGCCGAGGGCAAAUCUGUGUAAAUCUAAUUUUUCCUUCAGUGAUUAUGACAUUUCCUCUUGUUUGUGCAUUAAUAUUACUUAAGUAAAAUUGAAGAUGAUGUUGGUUAGGCCCUGGGAUAUAAAGGGUUUAUCUGCUGAUGUCACUGCUCAGUAAGGGAGAAUGUCGUUGCUCUCGUUGCUCACAUGAUAUAAUUUAAUUUUAGUUUGGUAUAAUUUUAGUUAGAUCUUGUUAUUUUACCAUGUUAAAAAAUUACUAAAAUAUGCCAAUAAUUAAACCAUAGUAAAAAAGUGAACUAACAAAUGAAAAUUAUUGAGCUGCUUUUGGGAAACUUUAAAGAGCUCAAAUUUGCCAAAAACAUUUUUGAACAAGACUUGAGAACACGUCAGAUCUCUGCCUUGUUUGUAGAAAACGCGGCUGCGAGCGAUCAAGGUCUAUGGGAACGCACGUUAAGUGCUGGCGUAAAAGACUCUGGGAAAGGUCGGAGUUUUCUACUUCGCUUUCCCCAUGAUCCCUUGCGCGGAACUAAAAUCACUCCAAUCGAUCUCGAUUACGUAUCCCGGCGGUAGAGCGUGCCUGACGAGGUUCGAGGCAGCUUAAAUCUUUAACUCGCAGAACGAUGUGUGGCUCAGCUGCUUGAAAGUUAAACGUUUAAGGAAACCAUUUAAUGUCACCCUAUUUUACAGGUAAAACUCAAACUGUUGACAAGACCGAUGGAAUUUAUCUCAUGGAUCUGAUUGCCCAACAUUGUUCAAACGGUAAUGGCAAUGGUAAUGGCAACGGUAAUGGCAACGGUUAUGGCAAUGGUAAUGGCAAUGGUUAUGGCAAUGGUUAUGGCAACGGUAAUGGCAAUGGUUAUGGCAAUGGUAAUAGCAAUGGUCAUGGCAAUGGUAAUGGCAAUGGUGGUAAUGGCAACGGUAAUGGCAACGGUUAUGGCAAUGGUAAUGGCAACGGUAAUGGCAAUGGUUAUGGCAAUGGUAAUGGCAAUGGUUAUGGCAAUGGUAAUGGCAACGGUAAUGGCAAUGGUAAUGGCAACGGUAAUGGCAAUGGUCAUGGCAAUGGUAAUGGCAAUGGUGGUAAUGGCAAUGGUAAUGGUUAUGGCAAUGGUAAUGGCAAUGGUUAUGGCAAUGGUAAUGGCAACGGUUAUGGCAAUGGUCAUGGCAAUGGUAAUGGCAAUGGUGGUAAUGGCAAUGGUAAUGGCAACGGUUAUGGCAAUGGUAAUGGCAAUGGUUAAGGCAAUGGUAAUGACAACGGUAAUGGCAAUGGUAAUGGUAAUGGCAAUGGCGGCAAUGGCCACGGCGAUAAUAAGGAUCCCAAAAGUUUGACUUUAGAAUGUUACUACAGUUACGAGGGCUCCCUCACUACGCCUCCUUGCUUUGAAACAGUACAGUGGAUAGUUGUUAAAGACUACCUCCGUGCCUCUACCAACCAGGUAUGUAAUGCUCACUAAUAUAAAUAACUUAGUUUUACAACUGAGAGGAUAUGACACUCUACAAGUAUACUAGAGUGAUUAUACUUGAACCGUGUAAAAGGUAGUAGAAUGCUACGCACUAUUUUGCACUAAUUCUGUUGUCUUCUUUCGUUUACCUCUGGCUUUCUUGCAUUAUUCGUUAGUAUCCGUUUCACGGUUCAAGUAAAAUCACUUUAAGAUACGGAAUCUGAUUAAGACCGGUCAGGGUCACAAUAUAUAGCGAUGACCGCGGAGAUAAUUCUAGGCAUGUAUUGCGUUAACUACUAUGCAGACCAUUACAGGAUACAUUGAAAUUAUUGUCAAUGCACUACCAAAAACUGUGUUUAAAACAGUCUAUGAUGCAUCGUACGUCAAAUUUUCUUAUCACACCGGCGUCUUUACUUUUAAGUUGCAUAGCCAUAGGCAUCGAUAAUGUUAGUUCAAAUUGUGCUAGAAACAAUUAGCUUAAACCAGAUGAUGGGUCGUAAGUUUCCUUACUUGAUAUAUUUUACUUUUUUUUCGGUGUUUCAGCUUAACAAGUUCAGGAAACGUAAGGGUGAACAUGGUAGAAAUCCUCCUCUCACGUGCGACAACUACAGACCAAUCCAACCACUGAAUGACCGCACUGUUCACAAAUAA